GAUCAAAAGGGAAAUAGUAACAAAAAAUUACUUAUUUACAACAACAACUCAAGGCUUGUUUCAAAUCUUGAAAUAGCACCUGUAAGAACAGCCAAAAAAAAUAUGAUAAUGUUUUUAAAAGAUUUUUUUGGAUGGGAUGUUGAUAAAUUGGGGAUGUACUAUGAAAUGAAAAUAGCCUCAAAAUUAUUACCAGGAUCUCGUUUGUUAAAUUUACCUUGUAUUAAUAUCUGUGAUCCUGAAGAAGAAGUUGACAGGAGAAAAAAAACUAUCACAGAUAAAUUAAUAGAUAAUAUUAGGAAUAUAUUUUUUGGUGAUGUUUCCCAUGUUGAUGAUUUUGGAACAUUUUUUAAAGAAAUUCAAAUAGAAGAAAUCGAAGGUGAAACUGAAGAAAAAACAAUUAAAAUCGGUAAACCGAAAUAUACAAAAGAUAAUUUUGCUUUAAGACCUUUAGUCAAAUGGAAUAGAUUUGGUCAAACAACCAAUGAUGAAAAAGCUCCUAAAGCUCCUAGAAUGAAAUUGAGAGGGAUAUAUUCAGAAUUUGGCUUUAGAAUUGUGUUGAAUGCAGCUAGUAAAGAUUAUGGCAAGUUUAAAGUUUACAAACCACCAGAACCUUUUAUCAUAACUUUAAUAUUCUUAGCUUGUAAAGAUAGUGAAUUUUGGAAAAAUAAGGAUAUUGGUAAAAUGUAUGAUUUUUUUAAACCUGGUGUUACUAGAUUUGAUAAUACAGAUAAUGAUAUACAAAGUAGAAUAAAUGAUAAAUGGAAAGUUAUAAACUCUGUAGAUAGACCAAUCGAUAUCAAUACAAAAACCAAAGAAGUUCAGAAUUUCUAUCCUGGAAUGCCAUUUUGUUUACCUGGAAAACCUACCUCAGAUGGAAUCCUUUCAUUUGGUUGUGAUAAACAAAAAGAUGGAUUUAGUCCAAAUAUCGCAUGGAUAGUAACAGUAACUGUGGAUCCUUUAGCCUUACAAGAAAAAAUUGAUAAUACACUCUUGGCUAACGCGACCACAAACAAAGAUAAACCAAUCAAUUUAGAAGAUGCAUUAUUUUUUGGAAUAGAUCAAAGUAAAACUGUUUUUUUACCAGGAUUAUUUUUAAUCGUUGAAUAUGGUAUUGCUUUAUUUGGGUAUGAUACCGAUAUAGAUAACCUACAAAAUCUCAGAUUAACUGGUAGUGCUGUAUUACAACAACUUAUCGAUGCUAUAAAAGCAAAUAACCCUAUUCCUUCUCAACCUAAUGAAUCUGUUCCAACACCCACACCAACCGAAAUAAUAAUUUAA